AUGAGUCGUGAUAAGAAAAGAUCUUCCCUUUCGUUUCGUUCGAGAGGUUCUUUUGACGUUGGAUCAUCAAAACCCGAUCAAUGUUCUCCAGUACUGGAAGAACAAAGACCUCCAGAAUUAACGACGAGAGAAAAAGAAUUACUCAUUGAAACGUGGAAGGAGUUAGAAGAAAACAUAGCCAAAGUCGGAGUCAUCACAUUUGUCAGCUUGUUCGAAACUCAUCCUGACGUUCAGGAAUCAUUCAUGUCGUUCAGCGGAGUUGAUAUAGAAGAUUUAAAACACAGCAAACAACUUCGUGCACACGCAUUGAGGGUCAUGGCUUUCGUACAAAAAGCUGUUGCCAGACUUCACGAACCAGAAAAAUUAGAAACUCUCCUUAAGGAACUUGGAAGAAAACACGUCGGUUACGGAGCAAAACAAAAAUACGUAGAAUUAGUCGGUCCCCAAUUCAUAUUAGCCAUAAAACCAUCGUUGGAAAAACAAUGGGACGAAGAACUUGACGAUGCGUGGACGCAUUUAUUUAAAAUAAUUGAAUUUGUUAUGGUAUCCUCGAUGGACGACGACAGAAAGGAUCAAAGGACCCUCGAAAGAUAUAUCAUAUAUAUAUAA